AUGUCUGGAGCCAACAGUUCCAGCCUGACACCAGGAUACUUUAUCUUUCAUGGUGUUCCUGGGCUGGAAGCUGCACACAUCUGGAUCUCCCUGCCAUUCUGCCUCAUGUACAUCAUUGCUCUUGUGGGGAAUGUGGGACUCAUCUACCUCAUCAGUCAUGAGGAGGCCCUGCAUCAACCCAUGUACUACUUCCUGGCCCUGCUGGCCUCCACUGAUGUCACCUUGUGCACCACCACUGUGCCCAACAUGCUAUGUAUAUUCUGGUUCAACCUUAAGGAGAUAGACUUUAAUGCCUGCCUGGUUCAGAUGUUUUUGGUCCACAUGUUGACUGAGAUGGAGUCUGGUGUUCUCAUGCUCAUGGCCCUGGACCGCUAUGUGGCCAUCUGCUACCCCUUAUGCUAUGCCACCAUCCUCACCAACCCUGUCAUCGCCAAGGCUGGUUUUGCCACUUUCUUAAGGAGUGUGAUACUCAUCAUCCCAUUCACUUUUCUCACCAAACGCCUGCCUUAUUGCCAAGGCCACCUCAUCCCCCACACCUACUGCGACCACAUGUCUGUGGCCAAGGUAUCCUGUGGCAAUGUCAAGAUCAAUGCUAUCUAUGGGCUUUUGGCAGCCAUUUUGAUUGGGGGCUUCGAUAUGUUUUGUAUCUCUGUGUCUUAUACUAUGAUCUUGCGAACAGUGGUGAGUUUGUCAUCUGUAAAUGCUUGUCACAAGGUUUUUGGCACCUGUACCUCCCACCUAGGUGCUAUAGUCAUCACAUAUGUUCCAGCAUUAUUUAGCAUUUUUACUCAUCGUUUUGGAGGAAAAAGUAUUCCCCACCAUGUACACAUCCUUAUUGCCAAUCUCUAUCUGAUAUGUCCUCCCACUCUGAAUCCCAUUGUCUAUGGAGUAAAGACCAAGCAGAUCCGUGAAGGAGUGAUCAAGCUAUUUUGCAAAAAGAAAGAUGCCUUAGAUAUAAAACAGAGUCAAUAA